AUGAUGCCCCAACAACAACAACAAAACCAAACUGAGCCUCCACUGGCGUUUAUUCCUCGCAGAGAACAACGGCCGCGUCAGGAAACAGACCAUUUGCUAUCAUCAUCCUCAUCAUCGAACAGAUGCCACCACCAAGACCUGGAGAGCACUAGCCGAACCUCGGAUUCUCAACUGCACCCACCACGUCGUGAAAGCUCUACCAUCUUUGCACAAGCAUUGGCUGUGCUCUUUCUGGUCGUCCUCAUGAUCGUGUCAGUUCGGACUGCCUUUAACGACAAAACUGGGGAGGAAGGAGGGACGACUUUUCUCAAGGAUGUCAUGGACUCCAUGCUUGCAUUGCCCAGCCAAGUCAUAUCCCUCAUGGCGCCGCAACGUUGA